GGGCCGAGCCGGAUCCGCCCGCCCGGCGCAGCGCAGCGCAGCGGCCCCGUGCCGCCAUUUUCCCUCCCCGGUGUGGCCGCGUGCCUUGUUUUAUUGGUUGUUGGGGGGGAGUCGGUCGGUCGGUUGCUCCGUUCCUGGCUGUUCUUGUCUGCCCUGCCCUGCCCUGCCCUGCCCUGCCCACGAGGUGCCGUUCCUGGUCUCCUCUCCUCUCCUCUCUCCCCCACCCCGCGGCGGUUACCGGAUCUCGCGGUAAAGCCCCCGCAGCCGAGGGAGGGACGGAGGCGGCCGAGCUCCGGCCGGGAUUCGGAGCCCAGUGCUCGCCAUUUGGUCUGAUUCCGAGGAGAGGGACGCCAUGCCCGGCUGCUCCUCGGAUUGACCCCUGGCGCCGGCCCGUGCUCGCCGCUCCCCUCCCUGCUUCACUCCCAGCCUCCGGAUCGAAAGAUCCAAUUCGCGGGGCAUUCUUCCGUCCUCUUCGCCCAAUUCCUCCACAGGACUGUCCCUGUCUGCCAAUCGCUCUCAAUUCCUCCCUCUUUUAAAACUCUGCUCUUUCUCCCUCUACCCCCCACCAAGAUCCAAUCCCCACCGCCGCUCGCAUUCUGCGGUCGCCGGGGAUGACGUCGCCGGUGACCACGCACGCCUCGCCCUUCCUGCUCUCCCUGCUCCUGCUCCUCUCCAUCCCGGUAGUCUUCCUCCUCGCGCCGCGCCUGCUCCCGCCGAAGACGCUCCCCGCCAUCCCGGACGCCGACGAGUCAGACGACCUUGCCCUCUUCCGCCGCGCCAUCCUCUCCUCUUCCUCCGCCAAGCCGGCCACCACCUCCUACUUCUUCCACCGCCGCCCUCGGCCCAAAGUCGCCUUCCUCUUCCUCACCAACUCCGACAUCGUCUUCUCACCACUCUGGGAGAAGUACUUCCAUGGUCACGGCCAGCUCUUCAACCUGUAUGUCCAUGCCGAUCCCUACUCCGUCCUAGAGCUGCCCCCGACGCCCACCUUCCGCGGCCGCUUCGUCGCAGCCAAGGCCACGCAGCGUGCCUCCCCCACGCUCAUCUCUGCCGCCCGCCGCCUCCUCGCCACCGCACUCCUAGACGACCCGUCAAACCAGUUCUUUGCGCUGCUGUCUCAGUCCUGCAUCCCGCUGCACCCGUUCCCCACCCUGUACAAUGCACUCGUCUCCGACAAUGCUGGCCCUCACGGCCACCACCGCAGCUUCAUAGAGAUAAUGGACAACACCUCCAUCCUCCAUGAUAGGUACUAUGCCCGCGGUGAUGAGGUGAUGUUGCCAGAGGUGCCCUAUGGCCAGUUUCGUGCUGGAUCGCAGUUCUUUGUGCUGACCAGGAGGCAUGCCAUCAUGGUUGUGAGGGACAUGCGGCUUUGGAAGAAGUUCAAGUUGCCUUGUCUGAUCAAGCGCAGGGACUCGUGCUAUCCGGAGGAGCACUACUUCCCCACAUUGCUGGAUAUGCAGGACCCUGCUGGAUGCACCAAGUAUAGCCUGACGAGAGUGAACUGGACAGAUCAAGUCGAGGGCCACCCACACACUUAUCAUCCUGGGGAGGUGUCGGCGGACUUGAUCAGGGAGCUGAGGAAGUCAAAUGCAACAUACUCAUACAUGUUUGCACGGAAAUUUGCCCCGGAGUGCCUCGAGCCGCUGAUGAAGAUUGCGGACUCUGUCAUCCUACGUGACUAGGCCAGCAGCACCUCACAUUUUGGGGUGUCGGAUACACUGAGAUGAUGAGGGUUGUGAUGCGAUGAACAGGCACAAGCUAGUCUAUCUAUCCUACAGAUAUUUCUUGAGGGAUGGCUUAUCCCAUCCUUGCUCUUCCACGAUUCAAACAUUUUCUGGUGAUAGACGGUGCUGGUCUGAGAGUAUGGGUAUGACUACUGAUUGUUCUAUGUGAGUAUGUUGUUUGAACACGACCACUUCUUGGCAAGUAACAGAUCAGUAAUUAGGAUGAUAAUCCUAUGUAUUACACGGACUUAGAGGCACUACUAUGUCAAUACAUCCAGUGUCGCGCCUGUUGUCGAUAA